AUGCCUCCCUACAACAACUGCACCUCAUCCCAAGACUCGUACAUGAUCCCAGAUCCUUCAUGGUGCCCAGAAUCUGAUGAGUGCAUCGUGUGGAACGUGAGUUCAGAGGACGUGGCGGUUUUGUGCGAGAGUCGCAGCUCAUACGUAGAAAGGAUUUUAGGACCACGCCGUUCUCCGCUCUUUCUGCCAAUAUGCGUCUGCUAUUUGGUCAUCUUCUGCAUCGGCUCGCUGGGCAAUGCGCUAACGUGCACCGUUAUCAUGCGCCACCGCUCCAUGCGCACACCAACCAACUUCUAUCUGCUCAGCUUGGCCAUUUCAGACCUGCUCGUGCUCCUCUUGGGGUUGCCGUUGGAGCUUUACGAGCUGUGGUCCAACUAUCCGUUCCUGCUGGGAACCGGAGGCUGCUACUUCAAGACGUGCCUGUUUGAAAUGGUGUGCUUCGCUUCAGUGCUCAAUGUUACAGCAGUCAGCGCCGAGAGAUACCUUGCUGUCGUCCAUCCGCUCCGCGUUAAACACAUCAUGACACAUGGCCACGUCAGACGGGUCAUCGUGAUACUGUGGAUCGUGUCGUUUCUUUGCGCUCUGCCCAACACGAGCUUGCAUGGCAUGAUGACGUUGCCUCCAAAGUUUGGCCAGAGUUUUCCCGAGUCGGCCAUAUGUGGCCUGGUGAAGCCUCCAUGGAUCUAUGGGCUUCUCGUCCAGCUCACUGCGCUCUUCUUCUUUCUCAUUCCCAUGACGAGCAUCGGUGCACUCUACCUGCUCAUCGCACUCCAGCUACAAAGAGAAAGGCGGCUACUGAAGAACGACGCUAAAGCCUGGCAAUCGGAAGCGCAGACCAUGCUGCAGAAAACACGCCAUCGCCAAGUCACCAAAAUGCUGUUUGUCUUGGUGGUGGUGUUUGCCAUCUGCUGGGCGCCGUUUCACAUCGACCGUGUCAUGUGGAGCUACAUUAACGACUGGAGCGAAGAGAAGCAUCGUGCCUUCGAGUUCGUUCAUCUGAUCUCAGGAGUGUUCUUCUACCUGAGCUCGGCCGUUAACCCUGUCCUGUACAGCCUCAUGUCGUCGCGGUUCAGACAGCUGUUCCGGGAAGUCGCGUGCCGAAAGACGGAGCAGAAAUUCAACAACGUUACGCAGAUCACCUUUCGCACCAUGAUGUAA